AUGACUGAUGCCGUAAAGCUAGCCGUCCAGUCAACAACAACAUGCAGCGAUACAACCGUGUUGUCCCUCCAAACCCUCCUCCGCGCCACAUCGAAAACCCCCGAGAAGCCAGUGCGGCGAACAACCAAAUCAACAAAAGAGACUUCGAGGCCUUCAAGUCGAGCAAAGACUCCUCGUACGACGCAAACAUCCUCACCGAGCGACGCAUUACAUACACUUGUCGAUUCGGAUCUCCCCUCCCUCUCGCCGCAAGAAAGAAUCCUCCUCGCGACAGAGAUAUUUAAUACAACACUGAAGGCCCUUACUGACGCGUUGAAAUCGACUGCAACGAAACGUCAUACUUCACCUUCUGAUAAAUCGUUGGCUAAGUCUACAAAGUCCAAUGGCGCCGGAGUUGAUGCGGGGGCUUAUUCAGCGGGAGAAUGCGCCAGGCUGGCAUUGUCUACUUUACGAUUGCUGAAGAGUGAUCAGGGAUGCAAUGGACUUCCUAAUAUGCAGCUUGAGCAGGGUGUUUGCGUGUUAGUGGGGAAAUUAGUAUCCUUGGGGUUGAAUGAUAUGGCCUGCAAGGAAUUAAGAUCACUCAAGAGACGAAUUCAACAACAUUUGGAGCCAAAAAAGACCGCGAAGAAAGCCACUGAUGGGACUGAUGGGACGGACGACGAAGCUGGAAAGGAACGACUGUCGGAUCUUCUGAGUUUCACGAAUCUCUCGAAUGCGACACCUCUCUAUAGUCUCCUGGUUCCCUUUCAAGCGAAUGCACUGCGGCUUUUAGCUGCCGACCGGAAACCCUCGACCACGCAGAAAUUGUUGCCGAUAUUGCAUUUAUCUUGUCCCAGCAGUCCGGUGCAGAUUAUUCUCUCUGCUUUACAGGCUGGAAGCCUAACAAAGGACAAAGCUGCUCUCCAGCUUCAGCUACUGUCAAACACGGUUCUUUCUCUUUGUUCCGGAAAACCAUCUAUUAGCGAUGACUCGACAGCAACAAACAAGGAGAUUCUCAAGCCCAUUGCAGCACUCAAUCUUCAAUUACUAUCCUUGGAGAUCCGGUGUCUGGGAUGGAAAAUGUCAGGCCAUGUAUGUGAUGAGGCUAAGGAGGUGUUUGAACCUAUUAUGCGCUACCUUGGAGCCUUUUCCCAUCGUAGUCAAGGUAUUGAGAAGGGUGAGUUUGCCGCUGUGUUUAAGGCAAUAACUCGCAUUCAAUUAUCAACGGCGGAGAUCAAGAAAACACCACAAGAAAAUACGGAUAUGAACUCAACUGCUAAGAUUAUGACCCUUCUCGGGCAGCUUGCUGUGGACGCCGGGUGCUUGGACGAAUCACUGAAGCUUUUUGCUAAAGCCAUCAAACCACUCUCGAAUUCACAAAACCUUGGCUUGGCUACAGUUCACUGCAAGAUUGCCUCGGUGUCUUUCCAAGGGAUGAAGAGCUCAAGUAAAUUUCUGGCUAGAGCUUUGGAAUCUACUGCGGAUGCCACUACUGCUUUGGGAUUACAACUACGUGGGAGCGCUGCUGAUUUAGACGAGCUUCUUGUUGAGUCUGCUCGAUUGAAAAAGCUCGCGCUUUCUUGGUUUGGUGAGGCGAUUACAAAAUCCUUCGAUAAAGGUAUCGAGAAAGAUGAAGUGACGCUCCAGAUUCGCGAGUAUCUUCAGGCGUUUCUCAGAUUUCUCAGACGUUAUAUUGGACGAGCAUCAACAGAAGACAGUGAUGCGAAGGAGCACGACUUAUUCAAGGAGCGCGUUUCGAUGUCUAGGGGCAUUAUUUUCGCUGCUGUUGACUCAUGCGUCGCUGUUGGGAAGUUAUCAAUCAUGUCACAACGGCCACCAUGGGACGAUAUGCUUCCCAUUCUUACAGAUUGUCAGCGGAUACUCGCCACUGUGGAAAAGGCGGAAGAAACCUGCUCGGAGGUUCCAAGCGUUGAUACCGCGCUUGUCAAGUUAUCUAAUAUCUUCUGGUCUCGCUAUAUCAAAGAGAAAGAGGCUGGACAAGGCCAUCGAGAACUACUGCCUCUUCUUAAGCAAUCGACUCAAAUGAUUUCCGGUUGCCCACCGUCUGUUCGCACUACAGCGUUUUCUGCGUUGAAGUAUGAGAGAAUGGCGCAUUCCUACUUGGACGGGAAUAUGGCUAGUGAAGCUGAGCGAGCCUUUCGCCAAUCGAUAACUGAGUACAUCGAAUCCGGUACCCUCCAACGAAUGGUCGAUAGCGGCAUGGGGUCUCAUUCAGCUGCAGGCAGCAAAGAUACUCAAAAUCCGGCUUUUAUGCUAAGUCGUGUUCUUUCCGGGUUCUUGAAAUUGAAAUUGAGGCGGAAAGGAUCGAAAUCAUCUGAUAUCUAUGACGAGGCUGAAAUGAACUCUCAUCAAAGAGGGAUGCUUCUUGAGUGGAAAAUGGAUCUUCUUAUUGAUCUGCAUUCAUACAGUCCAAGUGAGGAGGACUUUCGAUCGAUUCUAGCCCCGAUUUUGCUCAACCUUCUCGACGUUUAUUCAAGUGAGCUUCACUCAAUACGACGCAGUCGAGUCAUUCUUUCUGCCCUGCGGUGCUUGCUUGAAUACCCUGGCUCUUUUGACUCCAGUCUAUCUGAACGACUUAUACAGGAAAGCAUUGAGGUAUUGAGGAACGGGCUAGAAGUUGGGGAAGACACUGAUCUGGCAAAAUUUGCACGACACAUCACCAACUCCUUAAGGAUAAUUGUGGGUUUCCAUAAUGGCCAAAUGGAUCAUGGCGAGCUCGCGGACUCUCUUGCUUCGUGGAAUUCGAUGAUUCGUCAAUGCUCGGACUGGAAGUCUUUGUUACUUUGUGUCAAUGAUGUUGACUACUGGGUCUCGCAAUUGAAGGCUUUGGUUGAUUACACGGAGAUUCACGGACUUUGGAAAGACCAACUUUCUGCUCUUGAGUUAAUUCUCCGAAUUGCUGAGCUUCAGAAAUCUGGAGAUCUUUCAGACGCAAUUGGUAUUCUCUCCCGCCUUGUUUUACAGCAUUGUCGACUUGGCCAUUGCCAGAAAGCCGGCGAUCUUCUCUCCCGCGGUGAACAGUAUCUUACCCAGCACAAGGUCUCUUCUCUUGCUAAUAUUUCAUGUAAACUCGCACGGGUUGAAUAUCUCAUUGAGGUAGGAGAUAUUGACAAAGCCGCGUCUGUUCUCUCAGCAGCAAAAACACUAUAUGAGAAGAGUCAAAAGUCAGAAGAGAUGGGUAACAUUUCCGUUUUGUCCAAAAUAUCAUGGGAGAGACUCGUUGCGGAUGCUACUUUUAUUCAAUCUCGUUUGUCGACUGCUCAGGGGUCAAUGACUGAUGCUCUCUUUUUCGCCAAGUUGUCCGUUAGACUCAAUUGUCGGAUUUGGGCCAAGGUUGAGAAAUUGGCUCAACGCAAGCAAGAUAAGACGCUUGCUACCGCUGGGUCUUCUGACGUUGAUGCUGUCGCUGAUAGUGUGGCCAAAAUUGACUUGUCUCAGAACGGAUCUUCUCCAGAUGUCUCGGCGAGCUAUGUUCAAGGUGCGCCGUUUUGGCCGCAUCUCGGUUCGCAUCAUACAUGUUUGUUGAAUCUCGCGACACUAUCUGCUCACCACGGCUUGUUCCAGGAUGCUAUCUACUAUGGACAACAAGCAUUGAAGAUUGACCAGACUCUCGAUGCUAAUGUUCGUCUCGUGGCAGCACAGACUCAGUUGGGCUGCUAUUGGAUCCUUGGAGGUCAUAUGGACGAGGGACAAGAACUUCUUGCGGCAGCAUCAGAAUCAUCCAAGCAGAUCCAAACUAGUGUGGAAACUGUUUCCCUCUAUAUGGCUCUUGCUUCCCUGUAUAGAGUGCAAGGCCAACACGACAAGGCCUUCCGCUUGCUCCAGGAAGCUGAGAAGGCUGUGACUGCCGUUACUUCUUCGGACACAACCAGCAUUUCAGAGGCACCAAAUGUCGCAAUCCUUGAAGCGAAGAUGGAGAAGUUGCAAGUGAGAAGCAGUCGUCGAACGCCAUCAACGAUCGCGGCACCCACUACCGGUCGACGUACACGUGCGGCUAGUGCGGCUACAACAAGCACUGCCAAGAAGGCUCCGACACCCAAAACUCCUUUACCUGAUGUUCAAUCGAAGUCUCUCCUGCGACUCAAGAGUGAUGUCCUUCGCCAACAAGCCGAUUGCUUACGGGCACUUCGAGAUUACGAACGAUCUGCCCGCACCCUCACCGAAGCUCGACAGUAUGCUACAGCGAGAGAAAGCAAACUAUCCCUUGAGAUCGGCGAAAGUGAACAUCUACUGGCCGAGGCUAUUCGCCAAUUCGCAAGUCACUCCGUAUACUGCGUUUUGCCAGAAUCGACAAUAUCGCUCCCAUCUCUCAAAUCCCCUUGCAAGAUCGCAGAUACGCCAAGUUCCCAGCCCGCGAAGCCUGCCCCUGCCAAGCGAGCAAGAGCACCGGCUAGGGGAACUCGGACGAAGGCCCAAAAGGCUACCGAGGAUUUCUCCCAUAUGCUUUCGAAGGCCAGCGACUGUCUUUCUAGUGUCUUCUCAGAUGUCUCUGUGCUUGGCUCUACAUUGGAAAGCCACGCAGCGUCUCGUUUAAUGAGUCGGAUUGCUAUGCUCUCACAUGCUACGACCCCAGGAGGGCCUGCGACUUGGGCACAACCGCCUGCGAAUAUGAAUGAAAUCGGGCGUGUGGGAGCAUUUGCUCGCGAACGCAUGGCUAUUGACUUCGAUCGACAACUAUCUGACUUUGCCGACCCGCUUCUUUGGCCAGCUGCCUCAUCUUCGACUAUUGGUAUUGAUGAACAAAUCUGCUCCAGCUUUGCUGAGAAUUAUGUUGAUAUUCUACCGGAGGAUUGGAAUGUUCUAUCUCUCUCAUUAAGUGCUGAUAACACUGAGUUUGUGGUAUCCCGACUACAGAAGAAUCGUUCUCCAUUCCUUCUUCGCCUCCCUCUUCGAAGGGGCAACUCGGAUGAUGACGAAGAAGAGCAGUUCACUUUUGGGGAUGGAAAGAAAGAGAUGCAGGAAGUGAUCAAGCUGGCAAAUGCAAGUGCCCAUGCUGCUAAAGAACAAAUCGACAAGAAAAUGAAGAAAGAGUGGUGGAAGACGAGAGAGGGCUUGGAUCGUCGACUUGAAAGUCUCCUUCAAAAUAUCGAGAAUAUUUGGUUCGGUGGCUUCAGGGGUAUUUUCUCUCCUCUUGCACGGGAUACCGACGCUCUGUCACGCUUUGCAAGUACAUUCCAAGGAAUAUUGGAUAAGCACCUUCCAUCACGUCAAAAAGGUGGGAAGGCCGCAUCGCCUCAGCUGACUCUUCAUCAAAAUGUGUUGGAAUUGUUUGUUGGGCUUCGGGAUCUUGAGGAUUCUGAAGAGCCCGAAGACACAUUGAUGGAUCUUCUAUACUUUGUUGUGGAUAUCUUGCAGUUCCAGGGCGAACGUAAUGCUUAUGAUGAGAUCGAUUUUGACAUGAUGGUUGUGGAUACUCUCGAUGCUUUGCGCAGUUACCACGAAGCUGCGCGGGAGGAACUCGCCUCACGACGCCCAAGUCACACAGUCCUGGUGUUGGAUAAGGCCCUUCACUUGUUUUCUUGGGAAUCUCUUCCAUGUCUCCAAGGAUACCCAGUUAGUCGAGUUCCAUCCUUGCAAUGCCUCCGCGAGCGAGUGAUUCAAUUCCGUGAAUCUAGUUCCGGCGCAAUUGUGAAGCGUACUUCGGGAUCCUAUCUUCUCAACCCGACAGGAGAUCUGCGCACGACACAGACAACUUUCGAGAAUGAUCUCUCCGGCUUGAAGACUUGGACUGGAAUGACAAACCGCGAACCAUCAGAAGAUGAGUUUCGGGAUUCUUUGGAAUCCAAAGACUUGUUCUUAUAUUUCGGCCAUGGAAGUGGUGCGCAGUAUAUCCGGGGCCGCACCAUUAAAAGACUAUCGAAGUGCGGAGUCGCUUUUCUUAUGGGCUGCAGUAGUGGCACAUUGACGGAGGCCGGUGAAUAUGAGCCUUACGGUACACCUAUGAAUUAUCUUCAUGCGGGCAGUCCUGCGUUGGUGGCUACUCUUUGGGAUGUCACGGACAAAGACAUCGAUCGUUUCGCAUCAUCUACUUUUGAUACAUGGGGACUGUUUGAUAAGGAGAAGUCGCAAUCACAGAAGAACGAGAUUGGAUUAGACACUGCGAUCGCAAAAGCUCGAAGCUCGUGUGUAUUGAAGUACCUGAACGGUGCAGCACCAGUGAUGUACGGCGUUCCGGUGUUCUUGGAAUGA